AUGAAGAUUAUAUUUAGGGUUUUAUUAGUGGUAAUGUUAAUUGUUCCUGCUAUGUGUCAGCUUCCUUCCCAGGACAUUUUGGCAUUGCUCGAGUUCAAGAUGGGAAUUAAGCAUGAUCCCACAGGUUUUGUGUUUGAUUCUUGGAAUGAAGAGUCUAUUGACUUAAAUGGCUGUCCUUCCUCUUGGAAUGGGAUUCUAUGCAUUAAUGGCAGUAUUUCUGAUGUAGUUCUUGAUAAUCUGUCAUUAUCAGCCAAUAUCGAUUUGGGAGUUUUUUCAAAUCUAACGAAGCUCGUGAAGCUCUCAAUGUCCAACAACUCAAUAUCUGGGAAAUUUCCUAGAAAUUUAGGGGACUUUAAAAGGCUCGAGUUUCUUGAUAUUUCAGAUAAUCUGUUCUUUUCUUUCCUUCCGCCUGAAUUUGGUGUCGUAAAGAGUUUAAAGGACCUGUCUUUAGCUGGAAACAAUUUUUCAGGAUAUAUUCCUGAUUCUAUUUCGGGGUUUACCUCCCUACGGUCUUUGGACUUUAGCCGCAACUCGUUCUCUGGCAUAAUUCCAUCAUCCUUGACGAAAUUGACCAAUUUGGUUUAUCUUAAUUUAUCUGCUAAUGGGUUCACAAAGAAAAUUCCAAGAGGUUUUCGAUAUAUGGCAAAUCUAGAAGUGCUUGAUUUCCAUGGAAAUAUGCUUGAGGGAAGACUAGAUGCUGAGUUGUUGCUUUUAACUACCGCAACUCAUGUUGAUUUUAGUGGGAAUUCAAUAACUUCUACGAGGCACGGUCAGAAAUUACUAUCCGAAAUUUCAGAUACUAUCAAGUACUUAAAUCUUAGCCAUAACCGGCUAACUGGAUCACUAGUCAAUGGGGGUAAGGCACAGAUGUUUGGGAGCUUAGUCGUGUUGGAUUUGAGCCACAACCAGUUCUCUGGCGAAUUGCCUGGUUUCAAUUUCAUAUAUGACCUUCAGGUCCUCAUACUCUCCAACAACCAGUUUUCUGGAUUCAUUCCUAAUAAUCUUCUGAAAGGCGAUUCGUUGGUUUUAACAGUGUUAGAUUUGAGUUGCAAUAAUCUGACAGGAUCAAUAAGUAUGAUAACAUCAACAUCAUUGCAGAUUCUUAAUCUAUCCUCAAAUGGGCUAUCGGGUGAGCUUCCGUUGCUGACUGGUAGCUGCACAGUUUUAGAUUUGUCGAAAAACAAGUUUGAAGGAAAUUUGACCAGAUUGGUGAAAUGGGGAAACAUACAGUUUCUUGAUCUCAGUCAGAAUCGUAUCACAGGGUCUAUCCCUGAACCAAUGCCGCAGUUCUUGCAUAUUUCCUAUCUCAACCUCUCUCAUAAUUCUCUCAAUUCUUCAAUUCCUAGAGUAAUCACGCAGUUUCCUAGACUUACGGUUCUCGAUCUAGGUUUCAACCAGUUGGAUGGACUGUUUCCUACUGCUUUAAUGUCACUGCUCACAUUACAAGAACUUCAUCUUCAAAACAAUAAACUAGUGGGAAAUCUUUUGUUUCCUUCUUCUUACUCGAAUGAAUCCAAAAUACGUGUUCUUGAUCUUUCUCAUAACCUGUUUAGUGGCAACUUUCCUGGUGGAUUUGGUUUCUUGACUAGACUUCAAGUCCUCAGUCUUGCUGGAAACAGUUUUUCUGGUUCUUUACCGUUUUCCAAGGGUGAAAUUACCUCCCUCGUUUCUUUAGAUAUAUCUGGUAAUCAUUUCGUGGGUCAACUGUCGAAGAACUUGCCUGAUACUUUGCAGAGCUUUAAUGCAUCGUAUAAUGAUCUCUCUGGUGUUGUUCCUAAGAAUUUGAGAAAGUUUCCCCGAUCUUCGUUCUUUCCUGGAAAUUCGGGCUUAGAAUUUUCGAAUCCUCUUCCAGAACAGAACUCCGGUGGUCCAUCCAGCAAGAAAAAACCAAUUAAAACUAUUGUCAAAGUGCUGGUGAUAGUAUCUUGUGUGUUCGCCUUGGUGAUACUAGUUUUUCUAGCUAUUUUUAUUCAUUAUAUGCACAUAUCGAAUCAACCUCUUACCCAAGAAGUUACCUCAAAAGAAGUUCACCACCACCAAACCAUCAUCCACAAUCCUUCUAGUGGCAGUGGAAUGGCUAUUUCAGGCGGAGAUAUAGUUACUAAACGAAUAGGGUCAUCAUCAUCUGAGAUGAUUAGUACAGAAAAAACUGGCUGUGCACUAACUAGUUUCUCUCCAUCCAAGAACAGUCGUUUCUCUUACUCGCCUGAUUCUCGAGAUUCAAAUCUUUCUAGACUUGAUCUAAGAUCACCAGAUCGAUUGGGUGGUGAACUUUACUUUCUUGAUGACACUAUCUUGUUUUUGGCCGAGGAACUAUCACGAGCCCCAGCUGAAGUUCUGGGAAGAAGUAGCCAUGGUACUUCAUACAAGACUACACUAGAUAAUGGAUUGUUAUUGACUGUUAAAUGGUUAAGAGAAGGGAUUGCAAAACAACAAAAAGAUUUUGCAAAAGAGGUGAAGAAAUUUGCAAAUAUAAGGCAUCCGAAUGUGGUGGGAUUGCGUGGGUACUAUUGGGGACCCACGCAACACGAGAAGCUAAUUCUUUCAGAUUACAUAUCUCCUGGAAGCCUUGCAAGUUUCCUUUAUGAUCGACCUGGAAGACAAGGCUCGCCACUAACAUGGGCACAACGGCUAAAGAUAGCAGUCGACAUUGCACGUGGACUAAAUUAUCUUCAUUUUGACCGUGUUGUUCCACAUGGAAACUUAAAGUCAACCAACAUACUGUUAGAUUGUGCAGAUCUAAAUGCACGUGUAGCUGACUACUGUUUGCAUCGUUUGAUGACCCAAGCAGGAACCAUCGAGCAGAUUUUUGAUGCUGGGGUACGAGGAUAUCGUGCACCUGAGCUAGCUACCUCUAAACGCCCACUUCCAUCUUUCAAAGCGGACGUCUAUGCCUUUGGAGUCAUCUUAUUGGAACUUUUGACCGGCAAGUGUGCAGGUGAUGUAGUAUCUGAUGAAGAUGGUCGGAGAGUUGGUUUGACCGAUUGGGUCCGGUUGAGGAUAGCCAAAGGACAUUGGCUCGAUUGUUUUGAUGUGGUGUUGAUACCUGAGAUGGGAACUGAAAGGGGAAUGCACGAGGUUCUUGGGAUAGCGUUAAGGUGCAUACAGCCUCUUCCUGAGAGGCCAGGCAUCAAGAGUGUUUACGAGGAUCUUUCUUCUAUAUAA